AUGGCCGCCGCGGAGGGGAGCUUGGUCCCGGAGGGCCGGGCCAGCCUGGCCGCCUUCCUGCUCGGGGCGUCGGUGGCGGCGCUGCCGCUGCUGCUCUCGGCGCCCCCCGCGCUGCUGGCCGGGCCCGGGCUGCAGGGCCGCGCGGCGCUGGCUCUGCACGUGGCAGGGAUCAACGCGCUGCUGCGGCUGCUCUACCGGCCGCCGCUCUACCAGAUCGCCAUCCGGGCCUGCUUCCUGGGCUUUGCCUGCGGGUGCGGUUUGCUGCUGAGUUUUGGACAAUCCUCAUGGAGGCACUUUGGCUGGUAUAUGUGUUCCUUGUCACUGUUCCAUUAUUCUGAGUAUUUGAUGACAGCGAUCAAUAAUCCCAGAAGUUUGUCCUUGGACUCUUUCCUCCUAAACCACAGUUUUGAGUAUACUCUAGCUGCUCUCUCUUCUUGGAUAGAAUUUACAGUUGAAAAAAUCAUUUAUCCAGAAACGAAGCAAAUCACCUGGCUCAGUACAGUAGGGUUAUUGAUGGUGAUCUUUGGGGAUUGUCUGAGGAAAGCUGCCAUGCUCACAGCUGGUUCCAACUUCAACCAUAUUGUUCAGAAUGAGAAAUCGGAUACUCAUACUUUGGUGACAAGUGGGGUGUAUGGGUGGUUCCGGCACCCGUCUUACGUGGGAUGGUUUUACUGGAGUAUUGGAACACAGGUCUUACUCUGUAAUCCUGUCUGUGUUGUUGGCUACACUUUAGCAUCCUGGAGAUUCUUCAGAGAGCGAAUAGAAGAGGAGGAGUUUACGUUAAUUCACUUCUUUGGAGCGGAGUACCUGGAGUAUAAAAAGAGAGUGCCAUCAGGUCUGCCUUUUAUCAAGGGAGUUAAAGUGGAACUGUAACACGUGAAAAAUCAGACUCCAAUAGCGAACAUCCAGCUCCAGGCAUCAUAUGGAAAGGAACUAUGCAUAGCACUAUAUCGUGACACGCUUAGGAGUAGCUAGUCUUUGUUUACUGAUCAUCCAUUGGAAACUCAUUAAAGGCUAGGCAGCUGGAACACCUUGCACAUAAACUAGAAACUCAGUCAAGAUAGGCGUCCUUCCUAGAUGCAUAGAGGGAUCUUCUGGAUUAUUUAAUCUAUAGUGAUCCUAAAAUGAAGCAUAAUGCUGGUGAAAAGAUGGCUCACUCUAACUACAACAGCUGAGUUGUACUGAAACGUGUUAACAGAUUCCAUUGAAGAAUAAGCUAUGCACUUCCUAGUAACAACCAUUGCACUAGAAGAGUGCUGGUUGGAAGAUCAUAUUUCUAUGGUGAAACUUUAAUUUUAAAGCUUUUUGCCCUUAAAAAAGCUAAACAGCACAGCUUUAACCUCUCUGGACCUGACUCCACAAGUCUGCAGUGUGUGGAACUCCCACUGAAGUCAGUGUGGUAAUAUCCUGCUUGGAGGGCAUUCAGAACCCCUCCCCUUUAUUUCUGUCUUUUAAAUGCAUGAAUUUACAUACCAUUUUGGGGUUAGGCUUACCUGAAAGACUGGCAGUGCGGCACAAAGCACCGUGUCCUAAUAUAAUGUUAAUAGGGGGCUCUUUCAAUAUUCAAACUUUCUUAAAUCACAAAUAAUCUUUCAUUAAACACCAUGAAAGCUCAGUUGAAAACUUAACACAGUUGUUAUGUCCAUCAGUUACCUAGUGCCAUGAAUUUGUUUCAUCAUUUUGUCAUUUUUCCAUAGUCCUCAUGGCAAGAGUCUGUCCUGUCAAAUGGUAAACUUGCUUCUGUAAAACAGUCUUCAAAAUCAUGCUGCAUUGUAUCCUAUUUAAAUAACUUUAGUUGAUAGCUCUUUCUCUACUCCUAGUACACUCAUGAAAAUAAGUUUAAUUCAGAGAAAUUACAAGUUUGUUCCUGUUUUUGUGAAAUGCAGAGAAAACAAUAGCAGGCAGACUUGCAGUAGGCCUUAGGUAGUAAGAUCCUUGCCUGUUUCUAGAAUGUGUCUUGGAUGUUUCAUCUGUGCAAGAAACACUUCCAGAAAAUAUGCUAAUGCAGGGAAAUAUUUUUUUGAUUAACUGAUAUUCUAAAUAUUCCCCAUUCUAGAAAUUAUUUGUAUUCAGAUUCUGUGGUAUAAUUUAUUUUCUGUUACUAUAUACCAAAGAAGUUCACUGUUUCCUUGAUUCUAGAUAGACUUUCUUGCUGCAAUGAGAAUUGUAUGCUGGCAAGUAAUGGCAUGGCUUGAAGUUUUUCCUUUCAUUAAGGUGCUGUAACAUAGUUCAGGAAAUAGAGCACUGGCAGAAGCUGCUUUUAUAAAGAUGUUGCCAACUUCUGUUAGGUUGUAAUUCUGUAAAGUUCUUUUGUGGUGCUGAUGACUAUCUCAGUCGUUUGGAAUGCUUAAGUUUACAAUUGAAAUACCACUGGGAACACACUUUGAUAUUAAAAUGAGGCAUGUACCAAACAUGUUGGAAGUCAAAUUCCUGUAGACCUACAUAGGAAGGGAUGUAGGGACAAAUGGUUAAUCUCUUCUCUCUUCCAUCAUGUAAAAGCCUUUUCCUACCCAAGUUAUGCCUUCAAAUUCCAGGGCACCUGCUGCAUUGAAUUCCAGUUAAAAUACCCACUGUUACAUUAACUCUCCUACUGAAUAUAUUUGUUGCUUGAAGAAAAAGAUAUGAAACUUCAGCAGGGCUGUAUUUGGUUAAUGUUGUCUUUCCUCUGCAUAAUUAUUUGUAAGGACUUGAUUCCUGUUCAGAUUGCUUUUCCUUUGCAAUAGAAGUGCCUCCAAUGUACUUCUGAAAGAGAGUUAUAAAUUUUGCUAUCUGUCUGUAGCCAACAUACCUCAGAAGACAUCUCAAACCAGUUAAAAUCUUAAUACAAACAACGAUUCUUAACUGCACUUAUUUUAUUAAGAUGUUUCUCGUAUGAAUUUUUCCAUUGUAUAAAUGUUUCAUAACUAAAUCUACUAUUGAUAAUGAUACUGACUUUCUUUGUAAAGCACUUUGACACUGAACGUUGAAAAGCAUCGCACUAUAGCUGGUGGUGUAAUUUCCCCUGCUGGUGUACACAUACUAGCGGUUGCUCUAUGAGAGCUAGUGCAAGUGUAAAUAGCUGUGGAGCUGUGGUAGCAUGAGUAGCAGCAAUGGAGGCAUGGCUGAGCCAUGCCAAGUACAAACCUGCCUGGAACUGGUCAGCAUGUACUCUGCGUUGCUCGUGGCUACACGGCUAUUUGUCCUUGCAGUAGCACUCAUCAAGCUACCAUUCAUAUGUGUAUGUGAACAGGGGAAUCGUACCACUAGCUUGUAGUAUAGACAUGGCAAUAGUACCUAGCAUAUAUGGGCUAAUUAGAAUUCACCUGAAUCGAGAGCAGAGAAAUUGCACACUGAUCACAGAAUGAUCCAGCAGAGUGAACUUAAAGUGCUCUGGAGUAUGGGGUUUGUUUUGCCAGGUAGUGAAAAAAUAUACUAGGGACUUAGUUUUUACAUGAAUAAAUCUUUUAUUAGGUCAAACUGUUAGAGCAAUACAGUGAGAAACUACUUACUUAAUUGUUUGCUGUGUGAGACAAUAUGUGGGUCAAAUAUCUCUAACCCUAAACAUUUUAUGCAGCGUUACUACUCUAGUCUUAUUGUCAGAGGCUUGAGCUCACAUUAUCUUUCUCACACUGCUGUUUGAGGGCCCUCGUUAGGAAAAAAAAAAAUCCUCUAUUCACCACAGAAGUCUGUAUAUGUCUACAACUGCUGGACGACUUUAUCAGCAGGAAAGUUGGCUAGAUUUCAUGGGUCUUCCCUCUUGUGUGAACAGUCGUUGUUCACAGUGAGACUUUCAUUCUUUUGUCAAUUUUUGUGCCAGAAAGCAAAUGAUCUAGUAAUUGCUUCAGUGUAAAACUGAGACAGUGGGCUCUGAACUUGUGGAUUGCAUAUUGGCUCCUAGCUGCUAAAAUUUACCACUUUAAACUAUUUAGAUAACUUAGUUUGAUGGACGAGUAUUAAUUAAAUAAGUCUUAUUCUUUUACUGGCACUUGUUUGGAAGGGUUAUUGUCUUUUUUUUUUUUUUUUUUUUUUUUUUUUUUUUUUUGACUCUCCAUAAAUGGUAUGCUUUACAUCAUUUCACUUGCCUGGGAUAACAGGUUGCUCAUGUGAAUAUGCAAAGUAUUUCUAAUGCUCCUGUCACUGAGGACAUCAGUUCUAGUGCCUAGUUACUACAGUUACCCUUUGGGUUUGGGAUAUAUCUACAUGGUCUGAGUCAACACCCAAAUGUAACAUCUGUAGCUAUCUUGGAAGAAGACCUUUUUCAUCUGUGUAGCUGGAGGUUCUGACUAGCACCCACCAAGCCUCAGGUUCUGUUGAAUAAGCCCAUUGUAGGAUGCAUGUUAUCACAGUGAGAAUGCAUUUUCUUUAGAUUAUGUCUGUCAGCAAGAAUAUGAAUGGGCACAGCAAAUGAUUUACUUGGUUGAUGCAGUGGUCAGUGAAAGCACUUUCUUCUCCAAUGGCCUUGCUGAAAUUUAUUUUAAUAUAGUGGCAAUGCCCCAAAGUUCUUGUCUGGGUGAAAUUUACAAUUAACAAGAACUUGCACAAAAAUCAGAUUUGUGCAGGGCAUGUAGGUUCAUCCCAAGGUGUGCUGAGUCAGAAGAAGAAUCUUCACACUUUUUGACCUAUGGCAAAACUUUCAAACACCUAAAUCACUUUUUGAAAAUGAGGUGUGGGUGUUUUUGAAAAGUUUGCCCCAAGUCAAUUUACAUAGCGCUAAUGUUCCACUUCUGGAGGUGUGGGACCUUAGUACUUUAUCCUGUGGUGUAAAUAUCUGGAAUGAUUGCUGCAGCCCUCAUUCCCACAGGAAAGGUGAGUCAGAAUUCAAAAGAAAUGAAGAUCACCCUUUAGUUCAAAUUGGGUUUUCCAUUUAUUAAUCAAAAUGGACCCUUUGGCACAUGCUGCAGCACAGAGUUUUUAAAAAAUCAAAGACGUUGUCAAUAAACAACUUCUAGUUCUGUACCAGGUGAAUAAGAACUUCAUUCUGGCCUUUGGUAGGUUCGCACAGUCUCAUGUUAGCAAUUAAAUUAUGAAGUCCUGUGCGAAAGGACUUCAAUUCACUACUACAAACAGUAUUUAUGCAGCUUGGGAAAACAUCUUAACCACUAAUAAGAGAUACAGGCUACAUAAAAUUCUAUGUAUUUUAAAGCAGUCUACCAAAUUAAACUUGUCAACCAAUUGGAUUGCUGGCUCACUGACCCUUAUUUACUAACAAGGGUAAAAGGCACUAUCACGUUGUUCAGGCCAAAAAUUUAGAACUUGUAUGUGUUCAGUAGGUCGCAGAAGUGUUCCAAGUCACCUACUUAGCUUCUAUUUAAGCUAUCCCCUGCAGUGUUUACAGUUUAAAAUUUGCAAUUUUAAGCUAGUGCAGGAGAACCAGAAAGUGAAACUGACCUCUCCAUUUUUAUUGUGCAAAGGUUUUGAAGGACAGAGUGAUUAGCAUAAACUGCAAAAAGGAAACUUGAUUAUUAAUAAUGUAAGUUGGAGGUGAGGGGUUAGCAAGAACACAUUGAGUAUUUAUUCUAAUGUCUGACAAAAAUGUCACUCUGUAAACAACUAAUUCCUAAAACUCUUGUUUUUUGUAAACAUGUUAUAACUUUAGGAAUUUACUUUGCCCUGGUUCCUUGACUUUCAUAUUCUGCUUGUAGCACAGAGUAAGUGUUCUUUGACGGUCAGGAUACAACUUUCAAAUAAUGGCACAGAGUAACUGUCCAUCUAUUGCACUUUUUUACUUCCUGGAGUAGCCUCUGAUCUCACUGUCUUUAUUUUAUUUGGUAAUUUGUCAUAGGAUUGGGAUAUGAGGAGGAAGUCGUAUCCUGCCUUGAAAACACCUCAACAUUCCUGUUGCAAUAGGAGAUUGUUACCUUGUUAUAUCACAAGAUGUUCGAAGUCUGUUUGUGCUGAAAAAAACUGUUUACUAGAAUCACUCCACAAUCUAUUUGGGCCUGCUGAGACCAACUGUGUAUUAAAUGAAUGGAGUAGUUCUACCCUUUUUCUUACAUGAAGAAAUGUUCAUUACAGAUAUUUAAAGGCUCUUUUCUUUUGUGGAUGUUGAGAAUUCUUUCCAUUAUUUAAAUAAAACUAUGAUUGGUUAAAA